GCAGCGAGGCCGCUUGCGCGGGGGCAUGCUGGGAAGUGUAGGCUCUGCCGCGUGAGGGAAAGUGGCUUCUGGGCGGCCCUUCGUCGGCAGCGGCGGAAGACGCCGUAAGGCGGGCCCAGCCGGGCGCGCUAGCUCGCGUGUCGGCCCCCCUCGGCGCGUGUGUGAGGCGGCGGUGCCAUGGCGGCCCCUGCGCGGCCCUGGAGCCCGGAGGAGCUGCGCAGCGACGCCCUGGCCAAGCGGGAGAUCGUCCGCUUCCUGCAGGAGGAGGCGGCGCACCGGUUCCUUGCAGAGCACAAAUUACUAGGGCAGAUAAAAAAUGUGGCCAAGACUGCAAGCAAGGACCAGUUAAUUGCAGCGUAUAACCAGCUCUUUGAAACAAAGAGCUUUAAAGGCACAGAGAGCACAGAGCAUGUGGCAGAGGAGGUGAAAACCAUCAAGCUCGAAGAGGACAAGCCAAAAGAAAUGAAGCCUGAGGAAGCUGUUGACGAGGGCCCUCCAAAAUACACAAAGUCAGUUCUGAAAAAAGGGGAUAAAGUCAACUUUCCCAAAAAGGGCGACAUUGUUCACUGCUGGUAUACGGGGAAGCUGCAAGAUGGAACGGUCUUCGAUAGCAACAUUCAGACAAGCGCAAAGAAAAAGAAAGCCUCAAAACCACUGAGCUUCAAAGUAGGAGUUGGGAAAGUGAUCCGGGGUUGGGAUGAAGCGCUGUUAACAAUGAGCAAAGGAGAGAAGGCGCACCUGGAAAUCGAACCAGAAUGGGCUUAUGGGAAGAAAGGGCAACCAGAUGCCAAGAUUCCACCAAAUGCAAAACUUUUCUUUGAAGUUGAAUUGGUGGACAUUGAAUGAUGGAUUUUGUCCUUCCUCCUGAUCUCAGACAACUGUGACGAUGCAGACUUGUGUCCAGGACAUACAAUGGUGGCCUUCUGUGCGAAGAAGGGGAAGAACUUUUAUGCUAAGUUGCUGUUGUGUGUUAGCCUAAAUUAAGACUGUCUUAUAUAAGGCUCUGACUUUCAUUGCUACUAUUCCACAGUGUCAUAAAAACUCUUUGACACACAA